AGAUGUCGCUGGUCCCUGCGUGUGGGGGCUGCUGGGCAGGCAGGGGGCUGGAUGUGGGCUGUCGGUGACUCCAGGGGGGCAGCAGGGUAUGUAUGUACGUGUGUGUGUGUGUGAGAGAGAGAGAGAGUGUGUGUGUGUGAGGCUCGUCGAGCAACACGGGAACUUGGAAACUUAACUGCGUCCAGAGGCAGAUCCGCGGCCGCUUGCAGUGCCGCUGUGCCCGAGGACCGGUCCGCUUCUCGGCGUGGGAACGAUUUCCGGCCAACAUGGAUGAUUUAGAUGCUUUGUUGGCGGACCUCGAGUCCACAACAUCCCACAUUUCCAAGCGUCCGCUCUUCCUGUCUGACGAGACCGCCUACUCCUUCCCUGUUGGGGGUCAGAACCAGCAAGACCUCUGCUCUGCACCCCAAGCCCCGCCCGCACACUCUGAGCUAAACGGACUUGAAGAAGCAGAGUCCCUCAGCCCGUGGUCUGGAGACGGCGCCAGUCCGACUCAGCCCAUUGGGGAAGAGGACCACGUGUACAGUUUCCCUAAUAAGCAGAAGAAUAGUGAGUCAUCCGCUGUUGCCAUGAACUCAUCCCUGGGCAGCAACCUGUCUGAGCUGGACCGCCUGCUGCUGGAGCUCAACGCUGUGCAGCAGAGCACCCCCGCCUUCCCCACAGAAGAAGAAGCGGCUCCCCCACUGCCUGCCAGCAGCGUCAUCCACCACGUCCAGGAGAACGGCGUCUCUACGUCGGGCAAGGCGGCUCCGCCCGUGUUGGAGAAGCCCAAACGCAACGCCGGCACUCGGGGAAUAGAGGACGUGCGGCCGAGUGUGGAGAGCCUCCUGGAUGAGCUGGAGAACGCCGUGCCCUCACCCACUUUCACGCCGCUGGUUGUGUCAGACGGACAAGAGGAAACUCCGGCUCAGCAGCAAGCCCGCAUGUCGGCCUCCUCCGCCACGCGGGAGCUGGAUGAGCUCAUGGCCUCCCUGUCCGACUUUAAAGUCCAGAGCAAUAUCCAGUCCCAAGGAAAGACUUCCCCCACCGGUCCCCCGAAACCAGCCAACAAGCUGGACAACAUGCUGGGGAGCCUGCAGUCUGACCUCAACAGACUGGGGGUCCAGACGGUGGCCAAAGGGGUCUGUGGAGCCUGCAAGAAACCCAUUGUUGGGCAGGUGGUGACGGCCAUGGGCCGGACGUGGCACCCCGAGCACUUUGUGUGCACCCACUGCCAGGAGGAGAUCGGCUCCAGGAACUUCUUUGAGCGCGAGGGGCAGCCGUACUGUGAGAAGGACUACCACAACCUGUUCUCACCGCGAUGCCACUACUGUAAUGGACCCAUCCUGGAUAGAGUCGUGACCGCUCUGGACAAGACCUGGCACCCAGAGCAUUUCUUCUGUGCCCAGUGCGGAGCCUUCUUUGGACCAGAAGGUUUCCAUGAGAAGGAUGGAAAGGCGUUCUGCAGGAAGGACUACUUUGACAUGUUCGCCCCUAAGUGUGGCGGCUGCUCCCGAGCCAUCCUGGAGAACUACAUCUCUGCUCUCAACUCACUGUGGCACCCCGAGUGCUUCGUCUGCAGGGAGUGCUUCACGCCCUUCAUCAACGGCAGCUUCUUCGACCACGAGGGCCAGCCGUACUGCGAGUCUCACUACCACGAGCACCGCGGCUCGCUGUGCUCCGGCUGCCAGAAGCCCAUCACCGGCCGCUGCAUCACCGCCAUGGGCAAGAAGUUCCACCCGGAGCACUUUGUGUGCGCCUUCUGCCUGAAGCAGCUCAACAAAGGCACCUUCAAGGAGCAGAACGACAAGCCGUACUGCCAGGGCUGCUUCGUGAAGCUCUUCAGCUAGAUGGAUGCAUGGAUGUGUCCGUGCGCCCCGUCGACGCAUUACUUUUACACGUGUGGAUGUGUGCGCGUGUCUAGCAUGUUUUUCGUGGGCGUUGGUGGAUCCCAUCGCGAGGGUGAGAAGCGUUGACCCUCCACAUGGAAGGUCCGGCCUCUCGGGCUCAGCGUUUCACACUUUUUGCUAAAGAUGUUUUUUUUUUAAACGGUUCCCAAAGAGAUUUUUUUUUUUUUUAUUUAGAGUUUUUCCUCUCGUGUGCGGGGCGAAGAAAAUCUGCUUACUUAUGUAUGUGAUUAAGACUUCUGCGGAGCGCUCAUUUGUAAAUGGUUGACCGUUGCGGGGCGACCCUCGCACCCUAUGACGGUUGCAUGGACCUCAUAGAGAGUCGACCUCGGCGACCGUAGAAUACGCUGGGUGUCGAGUACGUCGUGCUCUGUGGAAUAACCAAUGACAAAGAUGUAUUUUUCUAUCUUUGGAAACUAAUGAGGUGACAUUUAAAAAUAACCGUGAAAAUAUUACACACACACACACACACUGAACUCCUCCAGCUUUCUUCUUCACUUUAAAAUACCAGUUCAGACUCUUUGCACACUCCAACCACAGCUCUCUCGGUGAGACCGUCUUAAGGUGCAUUUUACAGGCGUCGGCAAGAUAUUAGCUCGUCCUUAUUUUUCUACUGUUUUGACUAUGAAAUUGAAGCCAGGUGUUUUCAGCAUACAUUAAUUACAUUCAUACGUUAAUUAUUUCCCGUUGAAACAGAUGAUCAAACACAAAUCUAGAUACAUGCAUUGAACUUUUUUCUCCUACGUGUGCGUCGUCAUUUACGUGAAUAAUGUUCAAACAAAAUUAAUGAUGACAAAAAGUAGGUCAAUGAGAAUAAUUUAUGUAUUACGGUCAUCAAUGUUUAACUUUAUGAUGCAAUUUAAAACAAGCCAACACAAAGUGGACUUUAUGUACCCACAUUGAUUCUUCGGUUCAACAUCUUUUCCAUAUAUUACUAUUGCUCCAGUUGUGACUUUAUCCCUGUAUUGAAUCUAUUAAAAACCCUGUUUAACGAUGUACCGUAUGGUUGUGGAUCAGAUGCAUGCUUUCUUAUACGUGGAGUUUUAUCAGCACGAGCUGCCAGUCGCUGUUACAAUCAGAAUCUAAAUUUGUACUCCUGUGAUGUGCUCGACUUUGUGACACAACUGUGUUUUGUCACCGUUUUGAUGAAAAUAUAUAUAUAUAUAUUUUUGAGCCGUUUGGGCUCACGCUGAUAUGCAAAGAGCUGGCUCUGUUGGCAUGCAGGCUCACGAUGGUUGACCCCGGGGUCUCACACAACGAGUACCAGCUUUGAUUCCAGUGUGUGUGACUUUCAUACGAGUCGUGAACUUUGACCCCGCUGUCUGAGGAGCUGAUGUCAGUACUCGGCUCACGGAUGGAAGCUGGAUGUCGGUAAUGGCUGGUCAGGAAUCAGAAUACAACAACAAGCCUCUGGCUAAAUGGAUGCUAUUGCUCAUUUCAUCUGUAGUUUACCCAAAGCUCUGACAUGAGGCAAUGAGUGUUUUUUGUUUUGUUUUUUUGGAUCAACAUUGCGUGUCUUUACAGGGUGAAUCGGAGUAUCUACACAUUCAGAUUGUUUUGCUUUUUAAGAUGUUUCUCUUGUGCCAAAUGUGUCAAUGCAAUAAGGUCUUAUACACUGUGGAGUUCUCGAGCUUUGGUGUGGUUUCACUCUGGGAGAGGCUUCUCCGUCUGCCGCGGUGCAUCUCAAACCCAAUAGUUUACACUGUCAGAGCCGGGCAGAACCGGCCCGCCGCCAGUCCGUUCAGCAGAACGUCUGGUGUCCACUUCAGGAAGUAGCAGAGGGGAAGAAACAGGAAUUGUGAGUUAGCUUUGCCCCGUGUAUAUGUACGUGCUUACAGUAUACUGCCUUAUAGUUUCUGAUCCCGUCAAAGAGUUCAUAAAAAAUAAAAUCUAAGCCUUUUACUGUUAAUGGCAUUAAGUGACUUUUCUUUGCAAAUGGAGACGUUCAUGUGACAUUUUACCAUUUUAAUUUUCUCAAGAACAAUUCACGUUUUUCUGGCUCUUUGUGUGGGUUGGGUGUAAAAGCCCAUGUGGGUCCUGAUUACUGACUGAUUAUUAUAACUGCUGCAAAUAAAAUAAGUACUUUAUUUCUGG